ACCUGUGAAUCAGGGCAAGGACACCGGAGUAGACAGUGUCUGCUGCUACCGUAAAACUGCUACUGCUCCCGCUUUUGAUCGAGUGAAGACGUAUCAUAAAUUCAUAAAUGAGACCAACGGUUUCACCAAGCUGCAGAAUUACAACUUGGACCCAAAGAGCCUUUUUGUUAAUGAUUAUCAUGAAGCAUCACCUCCGACCACUGUUUCUCCCACUCCCAAACCUCAAGUGGCAACUGACUGCUUUACACUCAACUUCACUACAAAUAAUUUGAAGUAUAGGACACAGAUGAGUAUUCCCAAGUCAAAGCUCUUCAGCUCAACACAAAGACUCUUCAGUAAAUUGCUAGGAGAUAUAUGGAAAAACAGUGACAUUGGUCCUGAUUUCAUCAACUGCAGUUUAUCAACAUUAAGAUCUGUGAAUCAGGGCAAGAACACCGGUGUAGACAGUGUCUGCUGCUACCGCAAAACCGCUACUACUCCCCCUUUUAAUCGAGUAAACAUAUAUCGUAAAUUCAGAACUGAGACCAACGGUUUCACCAAGAUGGAGAGGUUCAAUCUGGACCCAGACAGCCUUUUUGUAAAUGAUUAUCAUGAAGCAUCACCUCAGACUACUCUUUCUCCCACCUCCAAACGGGCAGUGGCAACUGAAUGCUUUACGGUCAACUUCACUGCAACCAGUUUGACCUAUAGACCACAGAUGGCUGAUCCCACAUCAAGGAUUUUCAGCUCAGCACAACGAUUCCUUGUUAAUUUGUUUGGAGAUAUAAUGAAAAAAAGUGAAGUUGGUCCUGAUUUCAUCAACUGCAGUUUAUCAACAUUAAGAUCUAUACAUCAGAGGAAGUACACUGGAGUAGACAGUGUGUGCUGCUAUCGUAAAGCUGCUACAGCACCCCCUUUCAAUCCAAUCAAUAUAUAUCAGAAAUUUGUAAAUGAGACCAACCAUUUCACCAAGAUUGGGAGGUACAACCUGGAUCCAAACAGCCUUUUUGUUAAUGGAUAUUCACCAUCUACAACUGAUUCAGCUUCAGAUCUACUAAGCUAUGAGCUUGGUUUCAAAGUUAUCAACAAGAACUUGACCAAUAAAAAUCCAUUAUCACCAGAAUAUAAGCAAUUGAUGGGUUCCAUCAGUAAUGAGUUGAAUCAACUCUUCCACCAGAGUUCCAUCAGCGAUGGAUUCAAAAUUUGUGCUGUAACUAAAUUAAGAAUCGGUUCCAUCAUAGUUGAUUGCAAGUGUUACUUCCAUCCUUCAGGGAUUAUUAGCAAAGACACCAUCAAAAAUGUAUUUCAACAAGAGACCCAGAAUGCCACCUCUCAGUGGCUGGGUAGCAGAUUCCAAAUCAUGGGCUUCACCAUUGAAGAAUAUCCUUCAGCCAUGGCAACAGAACCAUCCAAACAAGAGCUUCCUUAUUGGGCCAUCAUCCUCAUAUGCUUCUCCGUCUUACUGGGUUCUAUCUUUUUCUUUCUUCUGUGUGUCUUGACUGCUGUGUGGGUGAAGAGGAGAGCAGGCAAAUACCAGAUCUGAAGGAACAUUUUUGGCCUCUAAUUCCCACGCAUGGACAUGCAAAAAUCAUAGUGAUAUGGAUUUUGGAAACUUGACUCCUUCCCUGCAAAAAGACCCUUUUUGCAGCGUUUCAUCUUGCACAUGUUGUGCAACAAAAAUUGUGUUUACUAUAGCUGGAAUGAAUGUCUUGAUGAAGAAAAGAUACUGCAUAUUCUGUGGAAGACUGCCAGGUUGAUAAAUUGAUGGGGUGCCCUGUCAUAUUUAUUUAUUAUGUAUUGUAAAACUUGGAGUAUCUUUUUAAACAUCUAUAAAAACUAAAGAUUAGGUUAUUUAUGUGCCAAAAAUAGAGAUUCUGCCAGCAGCAUGGAUCAGUAUUAAACAAUUUGCAUUCUUUUGAGACUGCAAAGCAUCAAUGAACUCUAUUGCACAUUUUUAAAAAAUGUAUACUGUAUUAUUUUGCUCAGUAAACAAGCAUUAAUUUUUAUCUUUCAAAGACAAUUAAGUUGUUGAAAUGGAAGACUUACAGUAUUUUUAUUUGCACUGCAAUUAUGUCAUACUGCACUGUACUACACUGCACUGUAAUAAUAUAUGUUUUCAAAAUAAUGUAUCUUGGGUAGAGAUGGUUUUCAAUCCUUUUUUAGAUAUUUCAAAUAUUCCUGAUUUCUUACAAAUCAAUAAACAUGAGCAAGAAAAUGAAAAACAAA